AUGAACGACAUCCCUAUCACCAUCUUCGGCCUUCAUCCAUCCACCACUCCCCCGCCUUCGCCUCCCGGCUCUCCAGAACCUUCCUGGAUGAUUCUCCUCUUUAAGUACCUCCACGUCGUGCCGCCGGACCGCAUAGUAGCCGUUUCGAGCUCCGACAACGUCGUUAUGCUGCCUAGUAGGCACUGCGAGCAGCAGCACCUGCUUGAGUCGUUCCUCUCGUUACAGUCACCCGUGGCCUUCGCAGCCAACGACCGCUGCGCGCCCGCACCUUCCUCUUCCGCGUCCUCCUCCGCCUCCUCCGCCUCCUCAUCUUCCUCGUUCUUCUACAAGCCGCAUUCAGCAAACAGCGCGCCGAACAGGUUCCUUAACCCGGGGAUGUUUAUAGGCAAGGCGGGUGGUGAUCCUGCGGUUGGGUCGGGAGCAGCGGACGGUGCAGGGAGGGAGGGUGAGGGACAAGAUGCUAUGUCGUCGCCUGUCACAUUUGCGUCAACUGCACUCGACAACCGCUUUCUCCCCAGCUCCUCCGAUCCAUCCUCCUCCUCAUCGUCCCCGUCAGAAUCAUCCGCAGGAGCAGCUGUGUGUGCGGCAUUCCCCGCUCAUCCGACAGCCUCGUCCUCCUCUCGCCCUUUUAUUUCCCUCGACCAUCAGAACCAGCUCUUUCAAGUGCUGGGAGCACGUGGGGCUGCAGCUCCAGGUGGGAAGGAACUGGAAGUGGUGGCGUCAGGGGAGGAUGUGCGAGUGAAAGCGGAAGGGACAGGAGGGGAGGCGUGUGCGUUUCAGCAGGAGAAUUGGGUGGGUGGAGGAGGGGAGGGGGCGGAACUGGGUGUUGUGAGGCUGGUGAAGGAGGUUGGGAUCGACCAGCUGAGGAAGGAGAGGGGUUACAUUGCAUAG